CAGAUACCCUUUUACAAUUAACAAGCCCCCCCGUCCCCUUCUUCACUUGUCAUCAGUAUAUCCUUCUUAAUUUUCAAAAUCUUCCAAACGCUCGACCUUUUUUCUCUGGGUUUCUCUCUCUCUUAACCAGCAAGAGGACAACGAUUUUCGUACCAGCAAGAAAGGAGAAAAGCGUUGCGGCGCCUCACAAUCUCGCGAAAUCUUAAAAGUCGAGGCUUCGGGCGAGCAAUCGAAGCCGUUGAAGUUGCAAGUGAUGGAGAUUAGCGGAGGGACAGAGGGCCUGAGUCGCGUUCCUUUAUCAGAAGUUGUUUCGGAUUGCGUCAAACGAUGGUUUAAAGACACUCUGAAGGAGGCCAAAGCCGGGGACAUCAAUAUGCAGGUCUUGGUGGGUCAAAUGUACUAUAGCGGUUAUGGGGUUCCAAGAGAUGCUCAGAAGGGAAGAAUUUGGAUGACAAAAGCAUCAAGAAGUCGAUCGUCGGUUUGGAAAGUUAGUGAUAAACAUCCAGGUUAUAAUGCAAGUGAUUCAGAUUCAGAUGACUUGACUCGUGAUUCUUAACCACACCAGUGUUGCUGAUUCCUCUAUGUUGUGUCAAAACUACCACUGGAUGUGCUUUUGACUGUGGAAACUCUACUUGCUCGGCUAUCUGUGUAGCUGCGAAGAAUUCGUUUACUUGCUGUGUGAAUGUUGGAUUUGAUAGAUGUAAUGUGAUAUGGAUUACCUUUAUCCUACAAACAAUUUGUUGCACUUCCAUGUGGUCAAAUGGGCUAAAUCUUAUAUCCAAUUUUCAUUUUCUGUUUAGAUUA